GCCUCAAAAAAUCCUCUCUCUCGCACCAUUGGUACAUGAGCCACUUACAACUUUUGGCGUACAACAAAAGCCAUUGCCAACGCCCCUCAUCCGAUAGGGCCAGUGGGGUUCUGCAUCAUGGAUCUAGCAUGUUUAAAACACUCCCAACUCGGGUUGAAAGCCGCACUUCUUACAAGGGUUCCAUAAAUAUGUACACAUUCCUUUCCUGGCUCUCGUAGAUCUUGCUUCUUCUUUGUCUUUUGCGCUGUUUCCCCUCUCUCAGUAACUCUGUAGGAGCUCAUCAGCACAGCCAUGGAUGCAGCAAAGCCAAGCUUGAAGGCCUCAGCUUCUGAGAGCCUUCAAUCAGAGUUGUUGACCAGUUUUGCGCCCACUUCUUGGUCAGGUCCAAUCAUUCUUGGGGCCCUUCUUGGUUAUGUCGCACUCUGUUCUCUUUUGCGUUUCUCCAGAAUUAACUCGCUUCGAUCCAAGUUGGGGUUUCACGACCGCGCUUCGUUGAGUCGCAUGACAAAUCAAGAUGCAUUUCAAGUUGUUCAGAAUAUCGCUAGAUUCGAGUUCCCGUUAUUCUAUGACCUUGCGGUUCGAUUGGCUCUAUUUGAGACAUAUGCUGUUCAAAACGUUGCUCAUGUUCUCUAUGGUGGCAGCGAUCUAGCUAAUCGAAAGAAGGCGCCCAAAAGAUAUGCAGAUACUGAAGCCGUCUAUGUCUGCUUCGCAAACUUCCCUCCUACGUCGCCUGUUCUUCACAAAGCGGUUGCGCGCACAAACUUCCUUCACGCUCCAUAUAUCAAGAGCGGCAAAAUUAAGCAAGAAGAUCUGCUUUAUGUGCUCUACGCCUCUUUUGCUGAGCCUGUUCGGUUCCUCAACAUCUAUGAGUACCGCAAACUCACCGGCAUGGAAGUUGCUAGCCUAUCAACUCUGUGGAAGUAUGUUGCAGACAUGAUGGAUAUCGACUACAGGACUGUGCUCGGGAAGAAUGAGUGGACAGAUGGUCUCGAAUUCUUCGAGGACAUGACACGCUUUGGAGGAGACUACGAGGACAAAUAUUUGCGCCCUACACCGGAAAUCCAGAAACUAGGCCAUGUUCUUAUGGAGAUGCUGUUGGAUUCGUAUCCCAAGAUUGCUUCUCCCCUUGGAUAUCCGGCAGCUUGUGUCCUUAUGGGACCUCGCUUGAGACGAGCAUUUGGUUUCCCAGAGCCAGGUUUGGCUAUUACAGUUCUGACAUACAGUCUCUUGCUUGUUCGAAAACUCAUCGUCCGCUAUCUCUGCCUCCCUCGCUUAGCACCCUCCAUAUACCUCUCCGAUCCUGACGAGCAGACCGGACGCAUCAAGUCAUAUCAUUACAUGAAAGAGCCAUUCUAUGUUCCUCCCACUUUCUGGCAACGUUGGAAUCCCGAAGCAAUUAUCACAUGGCUAUCUGGUGGGUUACUUCCCGGCGAUGGCGGGCCUAGUAUGAAGUCCGAAGGUUUCCUUUUUGAGGAUUUGGGUCCUGAUAAGGUUGUUGGCAAGGGUGUUGAAGAGACUAAGGGUUUCGAAGCGAUUGUCAAGACGAAAGCGUUCGCGGGUUGUCCUUAUAAGUCGUCCGAGAACUAGACUGUUUCUUGGCGUGACUGGAGGGAGGCAUGUAGUGGAUGAUAAGGUAGAUUAUGCUUUUAACUGGUUGUAUAUGUAGAUGACACCAUAGCCUGGUUAGCAUUUAGCGAUCUUAGGAUAUCUCCACUAGCUUGCUGUAUAUAGUUUUUGGGCUGGGUAUUCUAUUGGAACUUGGAGUUUCAUGUAGUACUUGCUUAGCUUUAAGGCUUAUAGCGUUUUGCAAACUCAUAAUUAUAUUAUUAGGUCAGAUUAUUCGAUUUCUUCAAAAAUGAGCCAUCUGUC